AUGUCUUCUCUCAGUGAUAUUCAUGACCAGCUCAACAGCCUUGCGCAUGUGCUCGUCUUCGUUGACGUUGUCGACCUAGACAAUAUUUGGAUGUGCCUCUGGGCCCUGGUUCGUGCACCGAAUGCCGUCGUUCACAUCGUACUUUCGCCACGGGUCCUAGAUCUGCGUGUCCCAUCCUUCGCCGGCCAUUUCGCGAAGCUCCAGGCGAAAGUCGGGUUGAGACAUAUGCUUGAUGUCCGGGACACCGACGCCGAGGAAAUCAACGACCUGCUGGAUGAUGAGCAAUGGCGGGACUACUUCGCCCGCGAUACAACAUUUCAGAGAGACAUGCACACAAAGACGCACCUGCCACUGUACAUGGCACUUUCAGCACUUCGAUUCGCCUUGAAAUUUGAGUCUAAAGGCCACGCGAAGACCCGAUUCAACUUUUACUACGACCCGAAAUCUACCGACACCAUUGUUCCGGGCAUUCACCACCCGACACACGUGAACGACCAGCUCUAUGCCUGUACUACUGAGGAGCUGAAUUCUGCCCAGGCAAUACUCCAUCUACGUGGCGAGGAGCGCGAGAUGAAGAUGGUGGGAAUCAUGACACAAGCGGCUAGAAGACUUGCCGCACACUUGGGUUACAAGAGUCCCGAGGACAUACUACACCCGAUGGAGGGUUUACUACAGCACUUCAGUGGACCUGCAAAGGAUGCCCGUACCUUAGUACUGGGUGGAGGGCCAUUCGCUGAGAUGGUUCGCUUCUUGGGCGAGACGGACCACCAGCCGCUAGCCGUCGUCGCUAUGGCACGUACGCUGCAUGCCGAUGUCAACAUCUUCCCGAAUAACUACAAUGACUUGAUGGAUCUUGACGCUGCCAUGAAGAUCGAGGACAUUGUCAGAAAGAAGAACAUUCCCACCUGGUUCUUCCCGACGGAAUGCGCCAAAACCAAGAUGCAUGGCGACAACGUCCUUCGUGCAUGCCCUUGGGACUUCAACACGGUGGAGUUGAUACAAAUAUUCGAUGCGGCCAAAGACCGUGAUUCCUACGAACAGGCAACUCGCUUUACCAGGGAAACGAACACAUUAAUCAAGAUGCACAUGUUCGAUGUGCUUACUGUCGUCCCAUUGGCUCAUCCUACCUCCUUGCCAUAUCGGAAGGCUGAGAGUUACUGGGACGAAGCCAACGGGCAGCGACUUAUCAGGGUCAGGGAAGUAGCACAUGGCCCCGUCCAUGUUUUCUAUCCGGACGCAGCGGUCAUGGAAUCAUCUAAGAGAAUAGCCAUGGACGAGGUUAGCUUCGUUCUGUCCUCGUUCAACAACCAGACGACUGCUCCAGCCUAG